UCGCGGGUAGAUACUGGACCGGGUGUACAUUGUUUCCCACACAAUACCAUUGCAAUGCUAUACAAAACUAUGAUAAACAUUUGUAAAUGAUGUAUUGAUCUGUAACCUAGAACGAUUUUUGCACAAUUUGUCGUGAAUUCAAUAAACGUCAACGAUCAAAUGUGUUGAACAAGGCUGGAGAAUUAUAUAUGGAAUUAGUGUUAAAGAUCCCAGAGGGAGACUUAAUUGAUGUCGAGCAUUCCGAUACAAAACAUGAUUAGUGAACUCGCAUUUAAUAUUGCAUGUUAAACUAGAUUUGUUUCCGUAAAUCUAAGAAUAAAUAGUCUACGUAAAUAUAUAUGCAGGAAUUAAUAUAUACAGGAAUACAGAAUAUAUCGUUACACUAGGUAGUUAGGAUCGAGUGACAACUUUGAGGACCUAUAACACUAAACUUUGUAUUACAUUUGCAAUAAAAACAGGAAUAUAUACAUUAAGGACAUUGAAAGUUUGUGCAAAUAAACUCUUAUAGACACAAGUGAAGGUUUAGACAGGGAGUUUAUCUCUAGCUACUGCACAAAUGACGAGGAAUGUUUACGAAAGAAGUCUGAAUGAUAUAUUUCUAUUGAUCGUUGUAUGUAAAUAGUAGAUAGUAAAACGAUCAUAAAAAGUGUGGGUCUUUUAAUGAAAUAUUUGAACUAAAUCCAGGUGCCGCCUGGUUGAAUGGAUUUUUUCAAAUGAGAUAAAUUGGUUAUUCAAACCUUUUAUUGUGUAGGUAAUAUAGCUUUAACGCAACUUACUUAUAGUAUUAUAGAAUAUCAACCAGUAUUAAUGAAAAGAAAAAUCGAAUUAUUUAUUUGUAAACAACGAUUUUGAACGGAUUAUUCAUGUUAUAAAGUCAACCAUUAUCUUACGUAAAUUAGUAGGAGUGCAAAUUUGACGAAUGAAAUUAAAGUGAAAUCACCACACAUGACAAAUUAGGCUUCAGAUAUGUAAAACAAUGCAAAGUGAAUGAGUAAUGUGACAGAUAUAGGUGUUGAUUUCCUAUAUAAAACCGUUUUUUUCCCUUAAUACCACAUACAGAGGUGUAAAAACGUGAAAAAAGAUACCAACAUUUUUUGUUUGUUUUUAUAUAGACAGCAGUGUAUAAAAAAAUAGAAAAGGAAUUAUUUUUGAGGUGGAUUUGUUAAUUAUUACGCAGCAGACGAGAAAAAAACUUGCCACAAGGAUGUAAAAUCAGCUUAAUCAUCGAGAUUUCGAUUUGCAAACCAAUCGUUUUAUUCCCGUAAAAUUGUGUCGAAGUUUACAAAAAACAACACAAUUACAUUGGAUAAAAAUGUCGAAAAUGUCAUCAACCACUUCGCUGAUACGUUAUGACGACGAGCUCAAAAGGCGUCUUGAAAAACUUUCAAGAACGUAUGACCUCACUACCAUGAAGAUUUUCAUUGCAGUAGAAUGCCUAGGCGAAGAACUUGUCACCUGCACGUAUAACGCAGGGAGAAAAUCAAGGUGGGAAACCUUUCUGCAACGCAAGGAAGCAUGUCGUCUGGAUCUUCACAAGCACGAGAAGAACAGGAGUCGAUACAGAGAAUUCCUAAAGAACGUGUCCAGGGAGCACCAGGGACAACAGUUCUACACCGCUAUGCUUCAACUGAUGAAACACAAGGGAGCAGAAGACAUGUUCAAACAAAUCACUCAGAAAUCUACAGAAGCCAGUGAACAAUCAUUUUGUGGAAAUCUCUGCCGGCUGUUUGAAAGAAAGAUCGAAUCUUGGUGGGAGAUUUUUGAAGCCGUGGGCGUAAAACUCACAGGUCAUGUGAAAGUUUCAAACUUUGUCCGAGUGCUUGCCGGCCAGGUUGAUGCACUCUGUUGCAAAGAUGGUAAAACUUACGCUAUCAAUAUAAAAGUUACAGGACUAGAUACACCAAGACCAUUAGAUAUUGCUGAACUGGCAAUGUGUAAAAUACUGAUCAUACAAAACGGUCUGGCAGAUCCAGCAAAAUUGAAAAUGUGUUUGUUGAUUCUGCACUUGACGGAAGAGAGACCAAUAUUGCGGCUGUGGGAGUACAUACCUACAGAAGAGAUGGAAAGAUCAAUCCGGGAAGCAGAUAUUGACAAAGUGAUUGAUGCAGGUAAACUGAGUCAGUAUCAUGAAUUCUGGAAAGACAAUGUACAUCAAAUUGGAAAUAUUGGGGGUGACCAGAUACUGUAAUUCCAAAUUUUAGGUUAGAUAGCGAAUUCAUUAAAAAAUGGCCUGGACAUUAAAGGCUAGUAUGACAAGUAAAAACCGCAAAAUAGUCUGGUGGCUGUGAUGCUUUGGUUUGGUGGAAGGAAGCGUUAUGUUCACAAAACAAUGCAUGUGGGCGUAUCUUCUCAAUUCACGCAUUUGUAUAUCAUUUGACUGCAUGCGUAAUCAGUUGAUUUAAUGUGGCUUUUGCAAAUAAUAGUGUCGUUGUUACCGAUGUAAAUUGCUAAUGAAGUAGUGGACCUCUUUGCAUAUAAUCCCCAUAGACUCGUAUUAAAUAUUCGUUUAGGGAUAAAGACCAAUUUGUUUAUAUGAAUUCAAAAGAGAUACCUAACUAUAAAAAAUCAAUAUCGAUUUGAAACACUGAACAAUAUCGGCAUUUACAGCAUAUAUAUAUAUAUAUCCGUUUGAUCGUUAUACUCAUAUUUCAUAUCGUAUUCCGUUUGAUAUUUUAAUAUACGAGCUGCAAAGGUAAUGAAACAUUCAUAUUAUUAUUCAUAUUAAGGUUGGUAUCAAUUUUCGAACUUUUAAUGUGGUCGGCUUAUGGAAACAUUACGUUGUGCUAGAAAUAACGCAUGUUUUCAUAAAUUAUCGUAAUUACUCCAAUUUCUCAGUAUUCUUAGUGCAAUGUCGGUUUAGACAUUGAAUAUUUUGUGUUGGUCAACUGAACAAUUGUUAAGGAACAAUGCCAGGCAAUACUUUCAAACUGGAUACUUUCAACAUGGUACAUGACCGUUUUUUAAGCUUGCACGAUGUUAACUUUUGUUGGCCGUUAAGGAGGUAGGUUACCUUGUUACAAGGGUAAAUUCGAAUUAGUUGAACCGUAGCAUUUUUUUUUAUUUUGUGUAAUAUGAAGUUUUAACUGCUACAAUCUCAAUUUCGUUUGUCUCUGUCCCUUCAAGUUCAAUUUUUAUCCAGGUUUGAAGAACAUGACCCUCCAAAGGUAUUUCAUAUUGAAAGAAGAAGGAAAAUACGGAUAUUUAACACUUUUCAGUGUAUCUUAGUUUCAUUGAUAUCCGUAGAUGUCUGCAUAAUUGAUAAUUUUACUAGUAUGCACGUUAGCUUUCUAAUAUAAGCUUAAAAUGUAUAUGUCGCGGGGCUCGUGUUUCCAUGGUAACGCAUUUUCUCUCAUUUUUAAACAACUAUGUAUAAAAAUAGGGGUUUUCGACGGCUUCAGUGCCAUUCUGUUAAUGACCGACAUGGAAUAUUUGGGUAAUAUUAUUAGCAAAAUACCAAGCACUUUACACGGUACCCUACUUUUCUUAAAGUUUAAAGUAACCAUGGCAACAGAGAUGUUUAAAAUAGCUUAUAUCUUGCUUUUUGUCGUUAUUUCUUAUAAAAAAAUAUUGAAUAAGAUUAUCUUUCUAGUUGAUGUAGCUUUAAAACGUAUUAUUUCUAACGUAAGUUAUAUUUUCGUAUUAUUUGCAUUUAUUCAAACAAAUUUCACAGCUUAGAAUACUGACAGCAGUACCCCUUGUCUGGCAUUUUUCAUGGAAAAAUCGUUCAGCAUGCUUAUAUUAUUCUCAUAGAUAUAGUUGAAAUGAAAAUAAAAAGCCGAAGCUGUGUUUCUUAAACAGACCAGUGUCAACGCUUUUGAAUUUUACAUUUAGAUACAUAGGUCACGGGCUUCGCUUCCAUGGUAACAUCAAUUCAAUUCAAGAAACCACAAUUUUCUACUGAAAUUUGAACAAUUUUAGAUCUUAGUUUUAGUAUAUAAGUAACAAAUUAUCAACGGAACCUGAAAAAUAGGUAUUACAAACAAACUGCUAGAUUUUCUAUUUGGAAAAUGGCCGUAACAAGUAACCUUUCACCCAACUAUAUUCCAAAAAACAUUGGUUACCGUCGCCCAUUUUCUUACAUUCCGCAUAACAUUUUAAUAUAACUACAUAAAAGAAGCAAAAUAUUGAUUAUUAUUCAGAGAAAAAGACUCAUAAAAAAUAUUUCAGCAAAUAAUGUUUAUUUGAAAAUAGUUAAAGUAUAGAUAUUGCACAGAAUAACGUAUUUUCAAGAUAAAAGCUAUUAAUUUUGCGCGGUAACUGACACGUAACGUCAUGACGUCAGUGACGUCAUUUUAAGGCAACAUUGUUUUGAAGCGUUUCUGCGGCAAUUUAUUCAUUAUUUCUGCAUUAUUAAACCAUAAAGCAUCAGAUCGAAGACAGGUUCAUGAUUUGUUUUCAGAAGAAUGAAUAUACAAACACAUUUAGUUUGUCGUAAACGUCGUCGUAAAUCGUCAUGUUAGCUUCCGGUUGGACAUGCGCACAUACAAAUAUGAAGGUAACCUACCUCCUUAAGGUGUUUUUGUUGAGGCUAAUGGACAAUUCGUUUUGUAUGAUACACUCAUUUGUCUACGCAACCUUACAUUUGUUAAACCACGUACAAUUUCUAAGCAGUAAGAAAUAAAGUGUUGUAAAUUUGUA